CAGGAAGCAUUCAGUCGUUUGGCUCUUCCAGUUAUUAUUGUUGGAAACAACAUACCGGGGUUACUUGGUGGGCGUGAAUUAUUGAAACGGAUCAUGGCUGCAACUUCCGAUUGCGCCUGGGCUUACAGCGCGAGCCUGGCCCCCAAAAGGGAAAUAAAUCAACCCCGCGCAUGCUCGCCUGCAUUAAUUGCCUUACGCGCAACGCCCCCCGCGUUUAAUGCGCUGCGCGCACCACUUGCGUGUCUCUGCAAAAGAAAAUGAAGACAUCGCUUGAACAUUUGUGGAGUGUUACUUGCUCUUUCACAGGACGAGCUUUCUGCUCUGCCAGCUACAAAUACCGCAGCCCCUAUAAACCGAACCUACUGCAUGACCAAUCCCAGCAGUCCACGUGUAAGAGACCAAGGGUCGGUGAACCGGUCUGAGGACACGCCGAUGGAUCUGCAUAUCCCGGUGCCCUCCCAAACUCGAAUCGGUGAGAGGACGACCGAACGUAGGUCUCUACCCCUCGGACAUAAAUAUUCGUCGCCCUCAACCGGUCCACACUCGUAUUUCAUACACAGUCCUUUCUCACAUCGCUGGACCAUGGACACACCUGACUGUCGGCAGACCCACUUACGGCCAACUUUAACCAAUCCCGCUGCUUCAAAUGCGGACAACGUUCAGGUUAUAAGCGCUGCUCCUAAUGCCCCUCCACUUAUACCUGCGAAGUUUGGUGGGAUGGAAACGUCCGAGCGUGAAUUUUCUUCCCGAGAUGCGCACGGAAUCAUACAUCCUAUUCCCUCGCCACAUUUUUCCUCCCUCACCAUCCCCCAACCUGCUUGGGCUCUGAGCACACCUGGGCACCCUAACCAAUCAUGGGACAUCAGUAGCAUCUCAGUAACUGGUGCUUACCCUCAUAGAUCAACGCCUGGGAUCGAUACGAGGGUUGGGGUGAGCAUAAAUCUUCCCUUUAAUGUCGACUUUCGCAUCUCAUGUCGUCAAAUUGCAGCCACCAGCGCUGUUGCUGUUUCUUCCGGCCCUCCGUGCUCGCCUCAACAUACUCCUAUUUCACCGUUAGAAUACACCUCCUCUCACUUCGGCUCCUGCCGGUCCGUGCCAAAUGAUCAUACGACCCACAUGGUUGCACUUGAAUAUCGAAGACAUGUCACUUCUUAUACGGACAAUUUCCAGGGUUUAAUUGUUGAUUCCCCUGUCCUUAUGUCCGCACCUGUCGGGAUUAAUGAGAGGACAGUAACUGAGGGGUUUGGCGCUGCUGGUCCACCGGGGCACCAUUUAUAUUAUCCUCAGGCUAUCGCGCCCCCGCGAGGCUGGGCCCUUGAAACACCAAAUUCCUCGGGGGGUUCAAGAGACGAUCACCCAUCCACGGCUCGGGCUCAACUCUCUGGGCUGCCAAACAUAUCAGCUGUGGCCGAACCCCAGACCACUUCCCCUUCUAUGGACAGUUUCCCGAGGCCAAGUAUUGGCUCCUCAACUCACAUCCAUUCGUACCCAGGUAUCGACGUCUCCAAACAGGAUUCUCAGCUCCAUGGAGGGCACAAUGGCGGGCAUCAGCAUCAUGGGUUGUCAGCCAAUUAUAGCACGCCUGCCUCUCACCACGAAGGAACGGAUCGCCUCGUAUACAACCAGACUUUAUCAGACGUUCAUCCUAGACCCGGACAGGCGGUCGUUGCCAACGACCAGGGAACUCUAUUGGUUGUUCACCCAGAUGAAGUCGAGGGUCUCAUCCUUCGUGGCCUGGUCCGUGAAUGCUUUAGGUUCACUCGUCCUUCGCGCCCACCUACAAUGGAAGAGAUCGCAGAGACCAUCCACAGGUUGAGACAAGUCCCACAGCGGGUUUUCAGUGAUUAAACCCUCCGAGUUUCCUUCCACACGCCGACAGAGAUGUUAAAUAACAUACGGGAGCAUCCCUGUUCAUG